AUGGUACUAUACGUCCCUUCAGCGCAUGCCACCAGCUUCAAGCAUGGAUGCCGACCUGCCCAAGCGGCCCAAGUCAUUGCCAACUCUGGUCACGACGACAUGAUUCACGAUGCCGUCCUCGACUAUUACGGCCGCAAGCUCGCUACAUGUUCUAGCGAUCGCACCAUCAAGAUUUUCGAAAUCGACGGCGAGUCACAGCGGUUGACUGAGACCUUGAAAGGCCACGAAGGUGCUGUGUGGUGCGUGUCCUGGGCGCAUCCCAAGUACGGCAACAUCCUCGCAUCGGCGGGAUACGACGGCAAGGUGUUCAUCUGGAAGGAGCAAGGCCAGAACAACCAGUGGCAAAGAAUCUACGACUUCCCCGUACACAAGGCUUCCGUCAACGUAGUGUCCUGGUCUCCCCACGAAGCCGGCUGCCUUCUUGCCACCGCAUCGUCCGACGGCAACGUGAGCGUUCUCGAGUUCAAGGAUGCUGCUGUCGACCACGCCACGUUUCCUGCUCACGGCUUGGGAGUCAACUCGGUCUCAUGGGCUCCCGCCACCACGCCCGGCAGCAUCGUGAGCAGUGCUCCUGGACCCGGCUCCGUUGGUAAUCGACGGUUCGUCACUGGCGGCUCCGACAACGUCCUCAAGAUUUGGUCGUUCGACCCCGCCUCGCAGUCAUACAAGCAGGAGAGUGAGCCUUUGACCGGCCACAGCGACUGGGUGCGUGAUGUUGCCUGGUCACCCACUGUCUUGCAAAGAUCGUACAUUGCCUCGGCUUCCCAAGACAAGACAGUGCGCAUUUGGACGUCAGACCCUUCCAGCAACGGCCAAUGGGACUCAAAGGUCCUCAACUUUGAUGCACCCGUCUGGCGAGUCAGCUGGUCCUUGAGCGGAAACGUUCUCGCGGUCAGCGGAGCGGACAACAAGGUCUCGUUAUGGAAGGAGAACCUGCGGGGUGAGUGGGAAUGCGUCAAGUCGAUUGAAGAGUGA